AUGUCAGUAACACCACUACGAGACAAUGAACUUUUGAUCAUAUACGAAACAAAGAAUUCUAUAUGGUUCGCUGAAGUGAUCCAGCGAAUUAAAUCUUAUAAAUUUGGAGUAUAUUCCGAUAAAGUGGCGGGGCCAUCAAAUAAUAAUGGGAAGGCGGGACGAGCAGCUGUCCCGGUGGACGUGGGAUCACCCUUACUUGAUUGGGAAGAAGGAGACCACUUCAGUUUUGAAGACUCGGAAAGAUUUGAAGAAGAUUCUUUGUGUAGUUGGAGUUCAGAACCCGAAAGCCUAUGUAAUAACUGGCGAGGUUGGAGAAGACCCAAUUUACCAAAUUCCUUUGCGCCUCGUCCGACGAAAAAAAGCACUCAAGAAAAAUCAGUAUCUACACUAAGUGAGUUAGCAGCGAAAUGUGUAGCUAGUCACAUACCAUUUGAACUGGUAGAACAUGUGUAUCCACCUGUGCCAGAGCAACUUCAAUUACAAAUUGCCUUCUGGAGUUUCCCUGAUAGCGAAGAUGACAUACGAUUAUACUCAUGCCUUGCUAAUGGAUCUGCAGACGAAUUUCAAAGAGGAGAACAUUUAUUUAGAGACAAAGCUGUUAAAGAUGUGUUACAGAUUGGAUUCCACUUAUCGGCGACUGUCACACUUACAAUGGCAAGAACGCAAUUUAACGUAGCAGUAACAUUUGACAGACAAAAGAUAUCAUCAUGUAACUGUACUUGUUCGUCAUCAGCUCAUUGGUGUUCACAUAUUGUUGCUGUUUGCCUGUUUAGAAUACAUUUGCCAACUCAAGUAUGUCUCAGGGCACCAGUAUCCGAGUCUCUACAGAGAUUACGGAGAGAUCAAUUGCAGAAGUUUGCACAGUACCUCAUAUCUGAAUUGCCUCGUCAAAUAUUACCAACAGCUCAAAAGAUAUUGGAUGAAUUAUUAUCGGCGCAACCAAACCAAAUAAACACAACGUGCGGCGCACCAGAUCCCACGGCCGGAGCCUCAGCCUAUGAAUAUACCUCGUGGUUCCUGGACGAAAAGACUUUACAUAAUAAUAUUAAUAAAAUAUUAGUCAAAUUCUGUGUUCCAACACCUAUCGUGUUUAGUGACGUAAACUACUUAAGCACGAGCGCACCACCAGCAGCGGCUGAAUGGUCGUCACUUCUUCGUCCUCUGCGUGGCCGCGAGCCCGAGGGCAUGUGGAACCUGCUCUCUAUAGUACGGGAGAUGUUCAAGCGCAGCGACCGCAAUGCUAUACCGCUGCUUGAGAUCAUCACUGAGGAGGUUAUGGCUUGUGAACAGAUAAUAGUGUGGUGGUACAGCACGAAGGCAGCGCUGGUUGCGUGGGGCGGUGGUACGGGCGGCAAGCACGGUGGUAGUGGUGGCAACUCCGCCGCGCAGCACGCGUGUUCUUCGCUGUGUGAUGAGGUGGUUGUUCUGUGGCGUCUCGCUGCUUUGAAUCCGGGUCUGGCGCCGCAUGAGAGAGACACAUUACACGAACAGUUCACUCAAUGGCAUAUGAAGGUUUUGGAUAAGGUUGCUAAGAAUCGAAACAACCACAUAAACUCGUCACAUCCCCGUCAUGGGCGUGCGCACUCCCACCCGCCAUUUAUCAACGGCAUCAGUGAGAACGAAGUGUUCCCAGGUUUUAACCCAGCAAUGGAAGCUUGCUUCCUCGAGUGGGACGACUAUCAGAUCGUUGGAGUUACUUACACUAAGGACUUGAAUCCGUUGUACCACAGUCCGUUCACUAUAUUCAGACAUUCUGAUAAACAGAUUGAUAGUGUACAUCAGGUUAACUCGUCAAAAGCAGUACUUAAUAACGAGAUGUCGCUUAGCUAUCGACUGACUAAUCCAGACCCGUCGAUGCAAGGCCAUCGGACACUAGUCAACAGAACUAGUCGUAUCAAUGUUGAUCUGGCAAUAGCUGGACCCUCUAAUGAGGCGUGUGGAUCGGGAGACGGUGUAGGUGAACCUGUUAGAGAUCCAGGCCCAAGUGAUGGAAAUCAUUCUAGUGUAUCUUCUGAAGGUUUCUGCGAGAACGAAGAAGAGAUGCAAGUGAGCGGCGCAGACGGCGGGGACACAGACUCGCAGGACUCCACCUCGCCGCAGGGCUCGUCGGACGACGCGCGCCAGCCGCGGGACGACUCCGUGUCGGACGACGAGUGCCACCUGUACUACUAUGACUCGAACGCCGCUAGGAGGAUCGCGGAUGGCGGUGUGGCUCUGAUGAACGGGCAAGGGGGAUCAGGUCUCGGCGCCGGCGGUAGCGGCGCGAGCUGGGAGUGCGGGUGGGAGGUGCAGUUCGCGCGCGCGGAGGGGCUGCACGCGCACGGACACGCGCGUGAUGCGUGCGCGCUUGGCGCCAGUCUGGCGAAGGAUCUGCUGGCCAGACCGCCUGCGUUGUUAGGUAUGACCGCGGCGGAGUUGCGUCGCGCGCGCCGCCGGCACACGCCGUCACCGCGGCUGUGUGCGGCCAGUCACCGCCUGUCCUGCCUCGCGUCUGCCACGCUGGCCAAGUGCGCGUUCCUUUGCACUGUUCUGGCUGAAUUCAGUGAACAACACGAGUUAGCCUUCCGAGUGGGUUUAUUCGCUUUGGAAAUGGCACGUCCACCGGCCAGUACUAAGGCUUUGGAGGUGAAACUAAAUAACCAAGAGUCAGAACUUGUAGCUUUACUGAAAAAAUUGCCUACUGGUGCCGAACAGUUAGCAUUAGCAAGAGAGAAGGCGGAACAACUCAGAGAUGGACUAUUACGAAGCCGUGGUCCAGCGCUAUUACCCAUAUCGCUAGCGAGUUUCCUUUUUGAAGUUCUCGUCUUGUCAGCCUCGGAGAAUAAACAUCCUGCAAGACUGAUGACGGACGAAGUGCUAGGCUUCGAAGCGGCGGUCGCGGCUCUAGGGCUAAAAGCGAACGUUUCUGAGGCAGAACAUCCGUUAUUAUGUGAGGGUACAAGGCGACAACGGGGUGACCUUGCGCUGACACUGCUCUCGUUCUAUAAGGACGACCCGGUCAAAUUGGCGAGGAUUAUGAAUAAGCUAUUGGAUCGUGAUAUUCAUCAACUGACGAAAGGUCCGAUGGUCAGCAUGUACUACUCAAGCAAUCCACGGUUCAGCUCGCGCACAGAACAUCAUUAUCAUCAUCAGCCAUUGAAUGUGCCUGUUGCUGGUCCAGUAUGCAGUCUCUCCGGGGACAUAGAGCGUCUCUCUAUAGGCGAAAGCAGCGGGUCACCUCCCACUGGGCCUCACUCAGUGCACUCAGCACACUCGGCUCACUCAACACACUCUGCGCAUUCGUCGCACCAACAUGCUAGUUCACACUCAUCGCUUCCAAGAUUGAAGGAUACGAGAUACAAAGGGAAACGUCAGUACCCGUCAGUGCCGAACCAGCCGUCAGAAGCGUCAGCACACUUCAUGUUCGAAUUGGCGAAGUCAGUGUUGUUCAAGGCGGGCGGUUCGUCUAGCACCAGUCUGUUCACGCAGACGACUUGCGCACGAGAACAUCAUGGUCCUCAUAGGGGUUUGCACAUGGCGGCAUUCCAACUUGGAUUGUACGCACUGGGUCUUCACAACUGCGUUAGCGCUAAUUGGCUGAGCCGUACUUACUCUUCACACGUAAGCUGGAUUACAGGUCAAGCAAUGGAUAUCGGCGCGCCAGCAAUUCUAUUCUUAAUAGAUGCAUGGGAAGGACAUUUGACACCGCCCGAAGCAGCUGGAAUAGCAGAUAAGGCGUCAUCAGGUCGCGACGUGCAAACAGUCCGCGCGGCCGCCGAGCUCGCGCUAUCGGUGCUGCCGCACGCGCACGCGCUCAACUACAACGAGAUCCAGCGCGCCGUGCUGCAGUGCAAGGAGCAGAGCGACGCGAUGCUCGAGCGCGCCUGUCUCACUGUGGAGGCCGCGGCUAAAGGCGGCGGCGUGUACCCCGAGGUGCUGUACACGGUGGCGCGCUACUGGCACGAGCUGUACCUGCGGCAGGCCAGCGAGGACGAGCCGGACGAGCCGUACCGCGCGCCGCCGCCGCUGGCCGUGCCGCUGCCCUACCCGCUCGCCUACCCCUUCACGUACCACUACCCGCCGCACAUCUACCAGCUGCAGUUCGAGUGUCCACAGUACGGCGGCGCGCCGGCCACGCACGCGGGCCCGCAGUACGCGAUCCCGCAGUACUUCGUGCGCGGCAUAGUGCCGUCUCACGCCGCGCACGCGCCGCAGCACGCGCAGCUCGCGCCGCACGUGCCGCUGCCGCCGCACCCGCCGCACCCCCCGCCGCCGAUACCCGUCAAUGUCUCUCAUCCAGCGCCGAUACCGCCUCCACUACCCGCUGCCCACCCUGGGCACGCUGGCGUGGGCGUGGGCGUGGGCGUCGUGCCUGUGAGUGGCGUGGCCGGUAACAACGUGGGCGCGCCCAUGGGCAGCGUGGCACCGUUACCGGGUGCUGGUCCACCAGCCUUACCGCAAGCUCAGCUUAGACGGUUAUUAGCUGCUUAUCGUGUGGGCAUGCUCGCGUUGGAGACGCAAGCGAGAAGAGUACAUGACGACCGGCCGCAGAAUAAGUUUGGCAGGAACCCACCGUACGGCGAGCACGUGAAGUGGCUGCUGCGCAUCUCGAAGCGGCUGGGCGCGCAGUACCUGCACCAGUUCUGCGUGUGCGCGGUGAACUCGGUGGUGUCGCCGUUCGUGCUGUACGAGCUGUGCGUGGAGUCGGCGCACUGGCUGGCGCGCGGCGGCCCGCACCACCUGGUGAUGCAGCACCUGCGCGGCACGCUGGCGCCGCUCGUGCACAAGUGUCAGCAGAUGUACAUCCAAUGUAUACACCAGAAACUGUACCACUUAACGGCAGUGGAGUAUGAAGAAUUCGUAGGCAUCGUCCUCUCUGCUCGCACGGCGUUCCAAUUGACGCCGGAAGGAAAUACACAGUUUAAAGAAUGGCUUGCCUCGUUGCGCAGGUCGAAAUCGUGCAAGAAGGACCUCUGGACGCAGCUGAACGCGGCGCUGCAGACGAAUGGCAAAUGACGUCGGCAGCCGAUAGUUUGUGUGGCGCGGGGCUCGGCGCGCAAACUGUCGCACACGUGUCCGCGCCACCGCCCCGCGCCCCCGCACACGCAGCCGCACUCGCUGUGAGCCGCCCGCUCUGCUGCUGCUGACGCGCGCCCGCCGCCCCGCGCCGGCUCUACUGCGUACCGAUACUGGAUGUUGAAAUCUUUCUUAGUAGGACAAGGGAAAGCGUCACUCGCACUGGCGACGCUAAAUUUUAAUAAAUGACACUUAUUGCGGCUCCGGCGUUGGGGAUCGUAUAAUCCUAUUGACAUUUCUUCACGGCGAAGAAGAAUGUUGUAAUAUUUGACGUUAAACAUCCGGUAUUGGUAUAUAAAGUAAUGAACGUCAGAAUCAAACGCGGCCUUUGUAUGCGUCUUGCGCCCUAUAGUAGCGUGUGUGCUGCGUCCAUACGUGACACGCGCGUACACAGUGCAUGUAUGCACGCACACACGCUCGCCCAGCCUGCGUGUGGUACGCAAGUACGAACUUGCGUUUACACACAUUAGCCGAAAUUCGCGAUACUUAUCUAACUCUAAGCUUACGUUGAAUACGGCGAAUUUAACGAGUCGUACUUACUUUCGGUUCGAGUGAAAGACGAAUGUUAGAAGUUCGUCAAUUGUUUGUGGGCACUCGUUCGCUAAAUGUGUGAAUUUGUCUGGCAAAGGGUGAUUGUAAUCUGUAAUGAUAUGUGUUGGUACGAAAUCGAUAUUCACCCUGUCGUUGAGGGAAUAAUUGAUUCGGUUGGACGUUAUAACAAAUUCACGUCGUUGUCUGAAUUUGUGAUUAUAACAAUGAACGCAGGAGCGUAUGUAAUUAAAACGUUGUGAAUUUUCUCUUCCGUACUGUCGUAUAUUGUCAAAGCGUUGAAAUUUCUAAAAUAUCGAUCCCCAAGCGAUUCCCUAUGUGACAAUUUUUGUCCGUACAAUAAUAAUUAUUCAUGACAAACCGCAACUUUUACAUAUUACCGCUCUUAUUAUAUGUAUAUUUCAAAAAAACAUUUUAUGUUUCAUAUAAUAAAAAGGCGAAUUCAAGUCAGCUCAUGAAGUUAAAAGAAAGUGUUUUUUAAUUUAUCACAUGAUACUGAAAUAAUAUUGUCACGGGAAUAUGUUUUAUCCUAUUAUAAUUAUAGUUUUGUUAGCACGUAAGAGAGCGGUAAUACGUAUGGAUAUUUUAGUAUUAUUUAACGUUUAUUCAAUACAGAUAUGAUAACAAGAAUAAUAUGAUAUUAACAAAUAAAAGUGUUAACUUCAUACACCUAUAUUUUCACGAUACAAUAGGUUUCAUUGAAGUUUUAAAUACAUUUUAAUGCACAAGUUUCUAAUAGUAUUAUAAAAUAUAAACUAAAUACGAACGAUAUAACUUUAGGUAUCCAAUAAUUGAACAAUCGACAUUAGGAAAUAAAAUGUUGCUGACUGAUUAAAAUUCCAGAAAAUAAUCUCAUUUAGAUCUCAUAUGACUAUUUUAUAUCUAUUGAAUCACCAUUAAACAUAUUUGGUGUAGUGUCAAAACUUAUGCUCGUUUAAGUUUCAGCAACAUUUUGCUCAUUUAUACAUUCGUUAUUAUUGCAUAGAUGUGGACUUAAUCUUGAAUUGCGUACGAUAUUCAGAACAAACAUGUGGCUCAUAGAAUGUUCCGCUUAUGAUGCGAAUGUUUUUGUUCCGUUUCCUAUUCAUUAACUCGUAUUAACUAGUCAAUAGUUUGGGGAUGUCAUUGGAGAACCAGUGCAGAUUCACAACUAUAGUUCAUUAGUCCUCUUUUAUAUUGAUAGCUCAUAACUCAUUUUAAUACCUUUUAAAGAUCUCGGCGUUUUUAUAUAAUAACAAAGGGUAUUAAAAGAAAUGCAAGUUGUUUCAAUCAAUGCAAAGAAACUAAAUUUUAGCAACGCUCAAGGUGCGUCGCAUUAGUUUUUGUUUUAAUUUAUAUCUUUUUUCUUUAGUUUAAUUUAAUAUGAUAUGAAAAUAUUACAAGUGAAACGGUAGUUAACGCUUUCCUUUCAUUAAUUAUUUAACUUCAUAAAACAAUACUCAUCUACGUCCAUUAGUAAAUUACGUUUUGAAAGAUCUCGGCUGCGCUUAAUCGAGCGUUUGUAUUCAAUAACGUUGCUCAUUGUGUUCGCCCAUUGCUUCUAGUGAUUAUUUUAUCGGUCUACUUGGAGUAUUGGAGAAUGCAAGAUAAAAUUAAUUACUUAGAGAUAUCGUGGUGGUAAUUUUGCGAGUACGAACUAAGUGUGGGAUAAAAUGUUUAUAUCAUCCAUUAAAUCUCCUCUCUCCCUUAUUCUGGGCCUCUAGAGCCGUUCUUUUGGUAUCGCUAUUGGCGCGUCCAUUACUUGUAUCGAACGAGGCAUCAUCUAUCUAAUGUUGGAAAGUAAGCAAUAAUUUUAAAUUGAUGUAGUUUCGGGUUAAAUUAGGACGUUUUUACUGCUAUUGCAAUCCUAAUACUAGGCAUUGAGUACCUAAAUUGUUCGCAAAAUUGAGCGAAUAUGUGAAUUGGUAUAAAAAGAAUCGGCAAAUACUACUUUUAAUAUGGAAGUAUAUGAAAUUAAUGUUGAUGUUGUGAAAUAUUUUCGGUUGGAUCUAAGCCCGAUAUUUAUAGCAAUUUAAGGUAAGGAAAGAAAUCCCUAAGUCCUAAAUGUAAUUCUUGUGAACGGUAGGUAGAUUACUUCGUAAAUUUGUCCUGCGCAAAGUUUCCAAAUUAAAGGACCGCCCGUGGACUUUUUGAUGCAAAUCUACCUAAAUUUUCCCCUUUUCCUUUCUUCUGUGUAUCGUCCUUAGAGUACAGAUAUAUAAGACAGAUUGUAGAUGAGAACCGUCGGUACACUAUUUUUGAUAUAAGUACUCUUGUCGAAAUUUGCAAUUCAUGACUAUUUAAGUAAUGAGGUUUUUCGAGGAAUGAUGUGGACGUGGUUUUUAUUAUAUUUAAAGUAACUUUAUUUACAAGUUUAUUAUAAUAUAAUGAGAUGUAGCUUCUCGAGAGACUUUGGAAUAUUAUAAAGUAUAGGAUAAAAGCCGGCGACGGCUCAUUCCGAUCUCUCGAUUCGUUAGUGUCGGUAGACACUUUACCGACGCCUUAUUAGCCUUUUAAUGUUACAGCGGCACGCAAACACUACAAAUGCGAUAUUGUUGACGAUUAAGAGUAUACAAUUUCCUGUACUUAAUGAUAUAUUAAAUUCAGCGUCGUAUCUUAAAUGAUAUUCAGAAAGGUCGAACGAAGGUGACAAUUAGCAUUUGUUGUGUAGUUGAUGUUAAACGUAGUGGAAGAUUCGCUAGAUGCAUUAGAUUCGCGCGUAGGUGGGAUGUGUGCGGAGAUCGGAAUGGGGCUCGCGGCUCGCGUGUCGAGUAGGGUUAGUUCAAUCUAUUAAGUAGACGUUUACGUGCAUACAUUAACGUGUGGAUGUUUUCGACAUUCAGUAGGUAGUAAAUUUCUAGAAUGCUAGUUAGUUAAAAUUGAAGUUUGUAACGUGGAAAUCUAUGGGAAAACUUUAUUCGGUGUUCGUUCUUUAAAUGAAUUUAAAAAAAGUUUUGCCGUAUAUUGACUUUGGUUAUAGAUCGUCUUAAAAUACUUAUUAUAUAAUUAUUAUUACUUAACACGGCUUUUAUAGUACUUUUAUUUCUUAAUUAAAAAAUAAAAUGUAAAAUAGUGUAAUAAUUGUUUUCUUAUCCUAUGUUUAUUUAAGGUCAAAGGAAAUGUAUGUUUCGCCUAUUUGUCUUGCUAAAGGUUGUGUAGAUUUAAUUGCUUUGGUUGUAUUAUGACUUAUGAUAUAUUUUAAUAAACCAAGACUAUUUCAACGCAGUAGUUAUUGUCUAUAAUAUGAACCUCUCUAUAAAUUCAGGUUAUCACAGCGAUUGAAUAUAGGUACUUAACCUGAUAAACGUAGCCUUUUGAAUUAUUAUUAAUUACUAUUACCUAUAAUUAAUUUAGAUAGUAUCAAAUGCGAUUUAUACUCUUUGAUCUUGAAUAACAUAGGUAUGGCGUGUAUCUUUAACCUAGUUUUGGCUUAAUUUGACUGGAUGAAGAACAAAUUUCAGAGCACAGCACACAAUAUAAACCACACAGUUUCGGACGUCAAGUUGACUUUGACAUCUGGUUGUAAUUUACAGUUGCAGGUAUUCAAAAGUUACUCGUUAGCCAACACAAUGAAAUUACUUUUCGUAAUUACUUGCCGUCCAUGAUUAAUUUGCGAAUAAUUAUAUUUGUAGCGCUUUCGUUGCAGUAUAAUGACCAUCCUACGUGUUUAGAUUGCAUAAUACUUUAUAUUUACAUAACAUGAAAUGGAAAUAAUAUUUACUCUCGGUCAUUAUUCAUUUUCAAUACCUUUGUUUUACUAUAUUGGAGAGCCUUUUCCUCUAUUCUUUAUAGCAUAAAGUGCUUUGACGUUUUGUCUCAAAGAACUAUUUUUACAUUUUAAAGUAUAUUUGAAAAUGAAAAAAAAAAGAAAAUAUAUCGUUAGUUUCGUAAUUAUAAGACGUUAGAAUGAAACAUAUUUUAAUUAGACGUUUAAUGCAUGUCAUAGUUGUAACUCGAUUCAGUAUAACCGUGAAUCACGUGUUUAUGGGAUUUGUUUGCAGUUGAUCAGUAUAUUACAUAUCACUUUGAUUUACUGCGGCUUAUUAUUAUUUCAUAUUAUGUAUUCAUAACCAUAAUAAUUAUUAUAAAUCAUAAAAAUCAUUGAAUUAUAUUUUAUUGACGAAUGUAAUGUUUAGUCGAAUGAUGCAAUUAAUUUAUGUAACUUAUAUAUUGCCCAGGUGUUGUGAGGGAUGCUUGACCGAAUUUUAUUAGUCGAUGGCAGUCGUGUCGAGGAAAAUGUAUUAUAAAUUAAUAGCAAAUUUUCCAAUUGUUUAAUACGCGCUUCCAUUAGGUGUUUGUCGUAGCUCCGCCAGUACUACAUCCACUAAGUAAAACGAGGUUUUAGCAUCCUUAAAUUUGAUUAAAGAGCAAUUGGAACAUAAUGACAUUAUUAUAUUUCUAUGUAUUCACUAUUUGUUAGAUAUUAAAAUAGGUUCAAAAUUAUAUAUGAUUGUUAAAUAUGGGCCUGAUCUAAAUACUUUAUGAAAUAUAUUGUCUCCAGACUCAAUCUACGUAACAUCACAGCUGAAAUAUCGACGUAACUGUGACUUUUGAUUAAGUUCUAAAAUGAUGCAUAAUUUAUUUUAUACAUCUUAAAUUGUAGUUUAAUUAUACACUUUGUAAGUGUGGUGUCUCCGCCUAUUAAAAUAUGUAACCGUUACAGUUUGAGUGAAUUACUUGACUAUUGUAAUAUGUGCAUGUUAUAUUUGUAUAUUAUUGUCGUACAAGAAGCAUGUAUUAUUUGGAAAGUUCAUAAAGAUAAAACGUCGUCUCAGGGUGUAUAUCAAAACAGGAAAUUCGGUAAUUUAACCACUUUGCAAAAAAUACCUCGUGGAACUUUUGAUAUUGUAUUCAAAACACAGACAUAGAAUCUCGUUACGAUUUACCCCCUGACUCGGGCUGUUUAAAUGAUCUUUACAGUUGUUGCGUUCCAAUGGAAAUGGCUCAUGCUUACAGUUGCAUCUUAGAAUAAUUUAUUGAAAAUAGAACAUACAGAAUAUGAAAAUAUGUAUGUGAAAUGUCACAAACACGUGCACUGUUUCUCAUCACGUUGAGAUCGUUCGUGUGUACGCACUCGAAACGUGUAGAGCGAAGGUUCGAAGAUUAAAAUGCGAAAUCGUGAAAAUCGUUUCGGGAUGUCUAAACGGGCGUCACAGUUAUCAGAUUUCCACGUGAUCGUAAUAUGUGAGCACGUUUCUAGACAUCCUGCUGAAGUGCCCAUAAGUUUUAUAUAAUAUUUAUUACGAUUAAAUAUAAUAGCACUAGUACUUUUUGCUCUGGUAUCGCAAACGGUUGUAACUAUAGCGAAGUUAUUAUUAGUCAAGCGAUAGACUGUUAUGCACGACGAAGGUUGGCGCGCGCGGUGGCCGCUCGCGUUGUCGCUUCUCAUGCAAACGAGCGAACGCUUUGAGAUGACAAGUUUUAUGAACUCGCUUGCGGUUGCAUGUCGGUCCACAACGUGCGAGUCAAUCUUCGAUAUUUUCUCCUACUUGCAAUAACUUCCCACUUCAUGUAUGUUUCCACUUCGACUCGAAAUGUUUUGACCUCUAGAUAAUUUUUAUUAUUACUUUUACGAUUACACCUAAGUCUUUUUGGCGAAAUAUUUAAAAUAACAUUAUUUAAUUAUUCAAUAUACUUAUUCUAUAUUUAAGA